CGUGCGCAUCAGGCGGGCCAGAAAAAGAGGUUCCUCUCCGCCUCCGUUUGGUGUCUUCGGCGAGGGGAGGCGGCGGCAGGAACGGGCCAUGAACGGGUUCGGCGAGGGGGCGGCCCUGCCCCGGAACACCGGCGGCGAAGCUGUGGAGAAAAUCGACAUGUCGUUGGAUGAGAUCAUUAGGCUUAAUAAGAAAGAAGAGCGGAAGCAGUACCCCCCCAGAAUGAAGAGAGGCUCUCAGCAGAACGGCAUGUGGCAGUUCAGAAUGAGGCGGCUCAAAUGGGAGUACACAGACAAUACAAGCGACGAGGGUCCUCCAAAGAACAUCCAGCGGAACUACCCGGUCUUGAAAAGGAAGAUGACCAUCCAAAGGCAGCCCGAGCAACACAGUAAGCCAGGAGCCGUUCUCAGGCGGCCUACCCUGCUNAACAGAGGAACUAAUAUCCAGUCCUCUUCCGCUAGACUUGGAAACCAGUUAUAUCAACAGAAAGAUUUUCGCCAAGCUACUUUCCUCUUCAGGAGGGGCCUGAAGGUGCAGGCACAAGUCCACCCAGAAGAUGACUUCAACGGACAGGAUGCAAAAAGGACUCCACCGUGGCGGACAUCCACUACAAACGGAGGCAUUCUGACCGUGUCUAUCGACAAUCCCGGCGCAGUGCCAUCACCAGUCUCCUUGAAGCCAAGGCUAACUAAUCCUCCGAUCCCUCCUUUCCUCAUGAAGAGAGAACAGACGGACGAGAAGAAGGUACCUAAAGGUGUUCCGCUACAGUUUGACAUCAACAGUGUUGGAAAGCAGACCAACAUGACUCUCAACGAGCGCUUCGGAAUCCUGAAGGAACAAAGAGCGGCCCUCUCUCAGAACAAAGGCAGCCGUUUCGUGACUGUGGGCUAGGGCCUGCCCGGCAGAGGGAUGCCCCUGCGCGGAUGGCCUCUCCGUCGAAGAAACCGAACUCACAGUGGGCAGGACGGAAUGGGAUUUGUUUCAAGAUGCCGAUGUGAAGCUGGGUCUCUCUCUUUCCUGUCCCUCUUUUAUUUCUUAAAAACACCUGCCUUUAUUUUGAAUCAUUAAAACAAAUCCCAGGUAUGGUAUUGGGCAAUAAAAAAAGGAGAAAAUCCGAUAGUGUACUCGAUAGGUGGUGUCGUGGGCGCCAUAAUAGGAAAAGGUUCUGUGUAGCCCCAGAGAGGAGGGGACAAGCAACCGCGCUUCUCUGAGUACCCCAAAGCAGCCGACGGAGGUUGGUUAUUAAAGGUAGAGGUCCGUCCUUGGCCCGCAGCCCGCGGCGAACAAACUGAAAAAAGGGUGUCAGGUCAUUUCGUUCACAUCCCUCCCUCCCAAAGUUGGCCCCUCCUGUUCAGCACAGAGUUCAGUGUUGAAGAGCCCUUCAUUUCUCCCGGUUGCUUUUCUGCUCCUUCGGAAAGCUGGAGUUCUCCCCUUCGUCUGAUAUCGAAAGCCCCAAGUUGUUUGGAAACCUGAGGAGGUAAAAUAAAAACCCAGUAUAUUCUUAACAGCGUUUGGAGUCCAAAAGGGCUGUCACUCUUGCAAGUCACAAUCAAGAACGAGGCUGUGGUGAGAAGCCAACCUUGUGUGUUUUGAAAACUAGGCCUAUCUCAUUGGGGGGGGGAAACGUUUCGACUGACGCAAGCGAGUUUCUUUUUCUUUUUUUAUACUGCCGGCGUGCUCCAGAUCUUCGCCAACCGAAGCAAUGAUUCGAUGGCUAUCGAACGCUAACCUGAUAAAAUUAUUUUGGUGGUCGCGAUGUAGAAAAGCGCACCUCGUACCUCCCGAUCCUUAAGUGUUAGUUUAUCGACAGGUUAGCAUCAAGGUUGGGUUCAAAGGACCGUCUUGUUGUAUCAAGGGAUCA